GCCCCCAUAGUCCGUUUUCAGUCAUGCAGCCUCACGUACUCUUCUCCGUCUUGAGCGCGCUCGCCGCCUCUCGAUCGCUAGUCCUCGCAGCUCCGGUAGGAGAAACUGACGUUCAAGCUUCCGUCAUCGAAAAGACCGUCACCGAGACGACCACCUUGACCUUGAUCCGGGAGGUUCCCAUGUCGACCACUAGUGUCGGACUGGCCUUGAGCCAGCUUCCUGUAGCGGCGGUUACCGGCGAACAAGGGACGACCGUCGUCAGCCCAGAUGUGCUUACUACUUCGCUUCCUCCCCCUGCGGUGAUCACCAGCGAGUUUUCGGCUGUCUUGCCUGAAGACGCCGUCCCGCCUCAGGAGACAGCUUCCACGAUUUUGGCUGGAUCUUCCACUGGUACCGCAGAGGCGACACAGAAUUCGAGACUGACCAGUAUGAACCCUGCUGAGCCCACUGCGACCGUUCAAGGUCCCCCUGAAGGAAUCACCAGUACCGGUACCGCCGAGUCGGCUCCUCUUCAGUCGGACGUCAUUGGACAAAAGACUGUCACUUCCGAUGGGCCCGAGCAGACCGCAACCGAGACCGCAAUUUCCGCCACACAGGCCGAAAUGACCGCAUCUGCCGAUCCUAGUCAGGGGGUUCCUACCGAUGGCGAGAUCGUCCCGAUCACCAGCGUCCUGGAAAGUGGAUAUUCCAUCUUGCCUACCGUAGUGCCUACUGGGACCAUGUCCAUGUCGGCAUCUGAACCCGUCCCGACUGCUGAGACACCUGGUGGGUGCAACGCUACGGCUCCGGCUGAGGCUGGGAAAGGUAAAGCAGGUCUUGGAUGGAUGAAGGAUUCCGGAGAAUGCGCGUCGGAUUUCCUGCAACCCGGAAACAAAGUUAGCUGGGGUUGGAACUGGAGCGCAAAGAGGGAGCUCGUACCUGCCGUCCUCGACUUUGUCCCGAUCCUGUUCGGAGGGGAUAACGAUACGAUCAGCGGAUUCCGGGAGGCUAAAGAUCAAUGGGGUUUCGGGGUUACUUCUGUGAUGAGUCUUUACGAGCCGCACCUCGCGGAAAGGGCCAACAUCACCGCCGAGAACGCCGCUGGGAUCCACAAAGAGGUCAUGAACGGGAUGAAAGGAGUCUACGAGAUCGGUGGGCCCGUCAUGUCCCAAGACACUACCGGGUCGAUCGAGGUGGCGAAAAAGUGGUACACCGACUUUUACGUCGCCUGUGACCAAGGGUGCGUUAUCGAUUUCUUGCCUAUCGCCAUCUACGGUACGGACAUCACCAAGUCCAUCGGACAGAUCACCGAAUGGUACAACCUCUUCGGUGCAUCCAACGGCACCCCGAUCUGGAUCGUCGAGAUGGACUGUAGGGACUUAUCGACCGCCCAGGGGUGUCCUGCCGAAGCGGCCGACGCUUAUGCGCGUGCGCUGAUGGAUUGGGCUGAUUCGACCGAAUGGGUCCAUCGGUACGCCUGGUUCGACGUGUUCGUCACCGCUGGCUCCGACAAGGAUAACGGAAACUCCUUGGUCACCUCCACGGGGACACUCUCUGAUCUUGGCCGACGAUACGCCUACGGCCCCGCUCAAUGA